CACAGGAGUGACGCAUUCGGGAGACAGCCACAGCCACAGGGACGGGAUAUCCGGGUGGCAGCUGAAGUAAAACACUGCGCUAUCACUUUGCGGUGAUGUGACGCUCCACGUAGCAAAGGUCUAAUGACACUACGAUAAUCCGGCUAAUUUUGGUGCUGGACGAGAUCCUGUAAUAUAAAAAAGCGGGGGAAGGACGGGAAACAGACUACAUGGUUUCCUUUCCACCCCUGUCACUGUCCUGCCACAACCUCACUCCAGCUCAACAAGGGACGUGGGCAUGCCUCUGAUGUCUGAUAAUCUCCGAACAGCACGAUAUAAGACAAUUUCUUCUCCAGAAUGGCUUCUUCCACUUCCCGGUCAGACAUUGAUGAAGACAGGUUUUAUUUCGGCAAAAUCACAAGUAAUGAAGCUGAUGAAAUCUUAAUGAAAGAAGGUGGAGAAGAAGGAACAUUCCUCAUCAGAGAGAGUUGUUCAUCUCUUGGAAAUUAUGUGUUGUCUUUCAUAUCAGAUGGCCAACCAAUACACAUCCUGAUCCAGAAGUAUAAGGGUGAUGGAUUCUCCUUAGUGGUGUUGAAUGAGGCCCUGUUAUUCAGUGGGUUGGACAGCCUUGUGGCAUACUACAGCCAACACCCUGUAGGGCCCUCCUCUACCACCCUCUGCCACCCUUGUCCUGGGAACCCAUUUCCAGCAGAUGUUUGCCUUCAUGGCUCUUCCAAUCUUCUUCACAGAUCAACUAGUCAAGGUAACAUUGUUGUGGUCUCCGAAUUGCUGAAAGCUGGCUAUAAGAAAAUUGAUGUGAGAAAUAACACAGGCCAGACAGCUCUACACAUUGCCUCUAUGAAGGGCUACCAGGAAGUUGCAGAGAUGCUCCUGCAGCACGAGGCAAAUGUUGAAGUUCGGGAUGAGGAAGGAGUGACACCGCUGCAUCUUGCCUGUAGGUACAAUAUGCCUCAUAUAGUACAACUUCUUGUGGAGGUGGGCCAGGCAGAUAUACAAGUCAGAGCAACAAAAACAGUGAAUCAUGUGGCGCGGCUACCCACGUAUACACUGAAGGACUAUUACUUUGAGAACCUGGACCGCGUUGCUGCCCAGGGCCUGCUGCUCCGUAGUCCAGACACCAUCUCAGGAUACUUCCUUCUCCGCCACAGUUCCCGGAAGCAGUGUGGGCAUGUCCUGUCGCUGCUGUACCAGGGCGACGUAUAUAAUUAUGAAAUAGUGAAAGAGGGUGACAUGUUCUGCAUUGAUGAUGGCCCAUAUUUCAUCUCCAUGGAGACCUUAGUGGACCAUUACAUGCACUUUGCAGACGGCAUGCCCUGUCGACUCCAGUACCCGGUCGGGGCACUACCAAGCCCUGUGGCAGACACAGCAUCUUCAAGAAGUCCAGUAUUUGGCUAUGGAAAUCGGAAACAUUGGGAAUCAGAUGGGGGCGAGUCAUCAGACAUGCUCCUUGCAGCCUCCAACUCAAAAACCUCAUGCAGGGCCUCCCCUCUGCUCCACAUGGACCACCUCCACCACUCAGGCUUCCCAUCACAAGGCAGCAGCCACUCACUCUCAAAGCAAGAGGGAGCAAGCUGUGAGGACGAUAAUCCCAGUUCAUUGGAACGUUGGCCCAUGCUCUCUGUGCCUAGCCAAGAGGAUCUGAAACCUUUUCACUAUAGAAUACAAACUUCCCAUGAACCAGAUAUUAUUGUCACAAAAGAACGUGAUCCGAUAGAUCUUAACGAACCAGGAGCAACGAUAUAUAAAGAACACAAAAGUAAUUCCGUCACUCAGCAGAAGACUCCUCCACCUUCAAAAAGCUCACUUAAAUUAGACUUCCAGAACUUAAGCAUAUCUAACAGUGGAGAGAGCAGCAGCAGCCCUACCAUGGAUGGUAACCGGACUGACGAGAUCUUUGGGGAAAUUGACAUAAAUCAUCUCAGCAUUGGGGAGUGUUUGGGAAUUGGAGAGUUUGGCUCUGUGCUAAGAGGCAUCUGGUUGAGUCCCUCAGGAGACAAGAUAGAUGUUGGUGUGAAGACCCUUCAUGAAGAUAACAAGGUAAACAAGAAGAAUUUCCUUAAAGAAGCAGAAGUGAUGAUGAAUCUGAACCACCUGUACAUUGUGAAGCUGGUAGGAGUGUGUCAUGGUCCCCCAGUAGCCAUGGUUCAAGAAUUGAUGGCAAUGGGAUCACUCCUUGACUUUCUCUUGGAGCAUGAAGAGGAGAUAUCAGUAGACUUCCACCACAAGUUGUGGGCUGCACAAAUUGCUGAAGGAAUGAUGUACUUGGAGCAGAAGCAUUUUGUCCACUGUGACUUGGCAGCUCGAAAUAUCCUGCUCUCCUCAAUGACCUUGGCCAAAAUAAGUGACUUUGGUCUUUCACGAGCUCUUGGGGUCGACAAAGACUAUUACACAGCUAAAGAAGGUGGAAAAUGGCCUCUGAAGUGGUAUGCCCUUGAGUCUAUUUAUUAUGGAACCUUCACCCACAGUAGUGAUGUGUGGAGUUAUGGUGUGACACUGUGGGAGAUGUAUACAUUUGGGGAUCAACCAUAUGGAGAGAUACCAGGGAAAGAUGUGGUUGCUCUGCUGGAAAGGAACGAGAGGCUCCCCCAGCCUGAGAAGUGUCCCAAGAGGGUGUAUGAUCUAAUGCUACGCUGCUGGAGCUACAAGCCCAAGAAGAGGCCAGCCUUUAGGGAGUUGGCAGCAAACUUCAGGACACAACCUGAAUACAUAAAUAUCAAGCCAUACUUCAAGUGAUAGCUUUACUCAUGUGUCAUAUUGGAAUCUGCUCACAAAUGCCUUUGUCUUCUGUGUUCUCUGUGUGCAAUGCAUUAUAUCGUAAGAAAAUUAGUAAGAUAUUUUUUUAAUGAUGAAAAGGUAAUUAUUUGUUAUCAUCCCAAUAUUAGAGAUAUUAAUCCUGUUAAAUCAGAUUAAUGAAAAAAAAUCAUCCAAGAUUUGGAUUUUGAUUGAAUCUCAUUUGUGAUUUAUAGUGUUGCAAAUUUGCUCUCUGCUGUGUUAGUCAUUUCAUGUUCAGGUUUUCAGCUGUACUUGUACGUACUUCCUUCAUGCCUAGUCCAGGGACACUGCCACACUGCUCUGUGCAAGUGGCUGGUCCCUUUCCUAUUUGUAAUAUUAUUUUCUUCAUGUUGGCACUCUCAUCAUUGCUCUCUAAUAAGCCAUAGUAAUGAGGGACAAACUUUGUUGUUUGUCCUGUUUCUUGUGGGAUGGAUGCUUUGUAUAUAAGACCAUGCAUAGAUCAUGCUUAUACCAAUACUUUGUUAAAUAAUGAUUAUAAAAGUCAUAUAUUUCUUAUGUAAAUUGUAAAAAUAUGAAAGUGGGCUGUGAUGGUAAGCACUGUGUCCAUUAAAUUAUAGCUGAGGACAGCCAUGUCUUUGGUGAGAAUUCCCAGAUGUAUGACAAGUCUGGGGAGCACAAGUGGUUUGUGUUUCACUCGCCAUCACCAAAAGAUUUCAGUUGUAUGUCAGCUUAGUUGUCUGUUCACUGUACGAACUGAUAUCCUCAUGUGAUUUACUUCCUUAUCAGUAUCCACAUAAUUUCAAAGUUCAAACUACAUACCUUACUUAUCCUAAGAUGUUAUACUUUUAUAUUUCAAUAAAUAGAUAACUUUAUCUCUUUAUAUGUACAUAUUUAUGAUUAUUAAUAUACUGUGCAAGUAAA